AUGGCAGCAAGUUUGGCGCUUAUGAAAAAGCAAAUUUAAAAAUAUGGCAAUAUUAAGGAUUUAUAAUAAGCUGAGAGCUAAAAUAAUAAAGAAAACUAGUCUUCUUUUUCUAAACCUAUAAUAUAAAUAAACGCCUACCAUUCUCAACCUAAAUAAUCUUCUUAUUAAGCAUAUAUGUAGAAAUAAAUAAAUGACUGUAAUGUACUUUAAAGCAAGAGGAAUGAAAACUCUAUCAAAAUUUCUAAUGAUUUUUUGAAGGAUUUACUUGAUAAAUAAAUAAAAACUGAAAAUUCACAAUUUCGCUAAGAGUAAAAGAAUAAAAAUCAAAAUAACUUGAGCUAAUUUUUAUAAUCAUUUUCUUCUUCUAUUUCUCCAUUAAACUAAGAAUAAAGAACUAUAUCUUCAUCUUGUAAAAAAUAAAGUAAAUUAUCUAUUAAUAACAAUUAAUUAAGGAGAAAUUAAUCUACAGAGAAGUAAAGACCUUCAACAAGCUACUAACCAUAAAGCAGGAAAAUAGUUUAUAAUCAUACUGUAAAUUAAACAGAUGAUAAUCAACCUGCAAUAUCAAUAACUCCUUUAGCAAAAUAAAGCCUUUCCAAAACUUUUUAUAAAAUUAGUGAUAAUAGUAAUUCUCAAGGAUAAAAAAAUUAAAAUUAUCGUAGCAACAUUUCUCCUAUCACAAAAAACUAAAAUCAAGAUAGCUAACAGUUGUAAUGCAAUAAUUAUAUUAUAAAACUACAAAAAUCAUCAGAUAAGCAAGGUAAUAAAAUUUUAAUAGUACCUCGUAAAGACUCAGGUAUAAAAACAGGUACUAAAGUUAUAAGAUCCUAAAGUAAAAGUGGAGUAUAUAAUGGUAGUAAUUUCAAAAAUUUAUUUACUUAAACAGAGGCAAGCGAAAUAUUAGAUAAUGUGAGCAUUACUAAUUUAACAAAAAAUAACUCUUUCUUACAAAUUUCUAAAUAUAAUCACAGAAUAUUUGAAUCAGCACUUAAUGAAGAAAAGCAUGCUUUAUAAGUAAAAAAAUCAAGAGAGGAUUUUUCAUAAAUAACUCGUUGUAAUAGAGCUGAAAGCACUGAUAUCAAACUGUCAAAAAAAAAAUCAAGAAAUAUCUCUAUGCAUUACAAUAGUGCAAUUCAUAAAAAUUAGUAAAACUAAACACAUGAAAACUUAUAUAUGAACUACCUAUCAAAUAAAAAUGUUAACAACAUAUUAUUUAAUACUCCUAUUAAUUAAAAAAGAAAUCGUAUUAUGAAUUAUGAAAUUACUCCUUGGGACAAUAAUUAGGUUAGUUAAAGUGACAUCUUAAGCGAUGUUUUCAAUUAAAGUCCCAAAAACCAGUUUAGCCCUUUGAAAAAUUCUCUGAUGAUUAAUUCGAAUUCAAUGUCAUAAAAUUUAUCAAAAUAUGGAGCUGAACAAAGAUUGAUUAAUUUAUAGAAAUCUUUUUAGGAAUAACCAGUUGAAUAAUAAUAGCAAUAAAUUUAAAAUUUGUAAAAAAAAUAAGAAUCCAAAACAGAGGAAACUACAAACAGAGAUACAAGCAAUAAAAAUAUUAAGGCUGCAAGUAUCCCUAACAAAGAUUAAGAAUCAAGCAAUAACAAACCUAAGACUCCGAUUUCUAAUAGGAAAUCUGUUUAAAUAAGAAAAAUAUCUGAAAAAAUAGAAGAUAAUUGCUAAUAAAAAGAAGUUGACAUUCUCCCUAUGACAAAUUAUAGCGAUGUAAUAACGAGUAAAAAUAUUUUUAGACCACUUAGACCUGUUUCUAAAAAUUCAAGAAGAGAGUAAACCAGCAAAAAUUAAUUAAAUUAAUCUGCAUAAUAAAUAUAAACCCCUUUCAAAAAACCAAAUUACAGGUGUGAUAAAGGUUUAUACAGAAACAGUCGAAUAGCAUCUUUGAAUUCUGUUCUUUAAACUUUUAGAAAUAUACCAUUCAUUAGAGAAUAUAUUUAAAAUCCUUAAUAAUAAAAUGAUUUCAUUCCAAUCCUUUAUAAUUUAUACGAGUCUCUGGAUUAACGAUAAGACCCAUAAUUUAUGAAUAGUAUAUCUUAGUUUUUUUAAACAUUUCUAAACUCUUAAUUAAAUAGAAAUGAUAACGAAAUGAAUGAAAUUGAAAUUAUUGUUAAUGUUAUUAUAGAAUAGCUUCUCCUCAAUGCUACACCUUUAAGGACAACUUAGAUAAAAUUAACAAGACUUGCUAAUUUUUCAUAAAAUGAUGAAGAUGCUUGUGAUCUUUAUGAAGAAUUAGCCUUUAAUCAUUAAAACAAUGAACUCUAUUCUAAUAUUUUCGGCCUUCUAAAAUAUAAAUUCUUUUGCUAAACAUGCAUGAAUGAAGACACUAAUUUAGAAGAUUUUUAUAUAUUUAAAACAUUAAAAAUGGAAAUUAAUAGAUUUUAAACUGACUUUUUACAUAACUUGUACACAACUGGAAAAUCUGAAGCUAAUUACUGUGAUUUCUGCAUGAAAGAUAAGCUUUUCUUCCAAAAAAUGGAGUUUAUUUAAUUACCAUAGCUACUGAUUAUCCCUUUAGAAAUUAAAAUAGAUACAUAUUACUCAAAUGUUAAUUCAUAUACUUCGAAAAAUGUUUUCAAUUAGUUAGAGAUACCAAAAGAAUUUAUGAUAACUGACAUAUAUAAGAACAAGGUUUACUAUUAGUUGUUAGGCGAAAUAGAUAAAAUAGGAAAUACAAAUUAAUAUGUUUCUAUAUGCAAGGAUUUUAAGGGAAAUAUUUAGCAAUACCAAGAUAUAAAAGUGAAAUUUAUAGAAAAAUUUCCUCUUGAAAGUGCUUAAGUUCUUUUUUACAUAAAACAAGACUAUUAUAAGUUUUGA